UGGCGGCACACACGUCGACUUUCGCUGCAUGGUAGUUACUGUAUAUUGCUUCUGUGUACGCUUGAGGUCUUACUGAGGCCUGUAUGUGUUCCCAUGGGCGAACAGUGGUGCGUGAAGGAACCUGUAGGAUAUAUAUAAUCUUUAUCGGGGUCUCCUGCGCUACGUGCGUACGCUUCAACGCAGUAACGUAGUCGCUUUCUGUGUAGUUUCUCGAUCGACGCUGCAGUAUGGAGCCGGGAAAAGAAAACCCUCUCGUGCUUUCGUGGCACGACACGGCCUGGCUGCCCGCGCUGGACGCGACCAAUGUGAUGGACUACUUCUCAGAACGUAGCAAUCCUUUCUACGACCGCACGUGUAAUAACGAGAUUGUGAAGAUGCAGCGCUUGAGCCCCGACCAGUUGAACCAGAUGACUGGCCUCGAAUACGUGCUGCUGCACACGCAAGAUCCGAUCCUGUACGUGGUGCGCAAACAGCAUCGCCACUCGCCCACCCAGGUGACCCCGCUGGCUGACUACUACGUGCUAGCAGGUGUUGUCUACCAGGCACCGGACCUUGGCUCGGUGCUCAACUCGAGACUACUGGGUGCUGCCCACUCACUGCAGGGCGCGCUUCACGAAGCCUUGGGAUAUUCGAGGUACCACCCUUCACGUGGAUACUGGUGGAACUUCAAGGACACGCCCGCUGCUACUACUGCUGCGACAACGCCAGCCGCUACCAGCAGCAGUGCAGCGAGCAACACCGGCGCUAGCCUGUUUCAACGGCGUCGCGUUGACAUGCUCCUGGCUGAGCUGGCAGCCAAGUUCCCACCCGAGCCGCCCAAGCCAGAGACUGCAGACGUCAAGCCGGCGAAAGCAGCCGACAAGAAGCAGACCCGGCCCGCAUCCUAGCGCACUCAGUUGGUUAUUUGUGUGAACACUACUACUGUCAUCAUGCUAUGCAGUCCACAGGGUAUCCUACUGAAGAAUGCACAUGUAACAAUCAUUUCUAGCGGAAAAGUUAGAUGUGCUUAUGGGAAGUACACUUCAGUUAAAGUGCGCAUUACCAAAUCUAAACGACUCAAGUGGUGUGUCCCUUGCAGAAGGUUGUACUCUGGUCGUAAUGUGUUUCCGAGUCUCGGCUGGUAUUGACUGGCAACACUUGUGUAAAAGACAGCUGUGCUAUCGGUUAGAAAAAAAAAGACAACAACAUAACUUUCGUUUCAUGUAUAGUUCAAUGUAAAACAGUCAUAUUUCCGAUUUUUUUUAAUCUACAUCUUCAAAAAAUGCACUUGCAGACUGUCGCCAUUUCUUUGUUACAAAUGCGCUCUGUUUUCCCGUUUAGCACCGUGUACCCUAAACUCUCUUUCAGCGCUCCCUGUAAGUGCACUUAACGUGCCCGCUUGACAGGGGUAUAAAUGUUCGUUCUUCAGUAGGCUACCCUGUGGAUCUUCAAUUCAAGGUUUACUUGGCAACAUUGCACAUCAAGGCGCUGCAAGCCAUUGUGUGUACAAGUCCCUCUACGAGCAGCGCAGCAUUUCCAAUCACCAGCACCUUCAACCUUCAGUGGCCCCGCUGUGAACUAGAACACCUAAUGCGAUCGCAUGCACUGCUGCUGCGGUGUGUGGCAACUGCGCUUUCCUUGUGCAACUUCUUCGUAAUGAGAACAGUGUGCUGCGAAUGGUUAGAACAUUGUGCUGCAAGUUGUUUUUCAUUGUGCAGGUAUUAGUGAAACAACCUAUUGGAAACAUUCAUUGAAUACACAGUCAACAUGCUGUCGUUAACUGUGACAAGUGGCCUGCACUAUCACAUAACAUGUCAGUCACAUGCUUGCCCGUUUUGGUUAUGAAAGAGAGUUAAUGGAGGAAACUUGCCAAGUGGCUUGAGACUCCAAUGCUUAUGCAAGUGAACGCUUCUUUACCACUCUUCCUUGUACUCUACGUUCCACCUCAUCUUUGCUUCAGAUGUUCAUGUGCGGGGGUGUCACAGCUGACGUACUUAUGAAUGUCUAAACGUGUUCAGAAAUGGGCAUUGCUAUUUUGCCAUGGAAGAAAGCAUUCACUAAGCCAACCGCCCCACCUGGUGUGGUGAGAAAUGUUUUCCUUAAUAAACAACUACAAUGUGGUUCACUCUGUAUA